AUGCGACCUUUCCUUGCAUGCUUGGCAUUGUUGCCACUACUUUUUACCUUCACAUGGGCCCUCAAUGCCGGAGAAGAACUGAAAGUCAGGACUACGCUGUCUCGCUUCGCCAUCUUCGUUGACGACGAUGACUUUGACCAUUUGGACCAGAUCUUCACCCCUGAUGUCUACGCCGACUACGCUGGCUCCAUCAAUAAAGGCCUGCCCGCAUUCGAGGCAUUUCUGAGAAGGGGCCUCGGCGGUAUCGUCUCCCAGCAUGCCGUAAGCACAACUGUCAUCGAGGAUCUUGGGGAUUCCCUCAACUCCACCGCGUAUGUUACAGCCGGAUUUUUAGGGCCAGGCAAGAAUUCCACAACAUGGGUUGGCUCAGCUGUGACACUGUAUGGCAAGUACCAUGACACAUGGACCCGUGUUGGUAAGGAUUGGAGAAUCAAGCAGAGAAUUUUUGAGCAAUUCUCUGUAAAAUUAAAAUUGUUCAACCAAAAUGGCGGCGCUAUUGAAUUGGUAGACUUUUCAGUGCCUCUUAUGCAAUGUUUAUGGCUUGCAAUAAGCUCACCAAAAAAGAAAGAUAGUAGCUUGAUGGGUAAUGCUACGAGCGUCGAGGAAAGCAUGACUUGA